AACUUGCCACUUUGCUUCUCUUUUGUUAUGGGUUUGCAAACGUCGUUUAGCUUGCAGCAGUUGAUGCUGGUAGUGGCGUUGACCUUACUUGCGCUCGUUCAAUUGGUUUGCUUUAUGUGGACGAUGAGUGAAUUGAAAGAAAUCAAAGAGAACGUCAUGAGUGUUUUGCUAGAGCGCACUGCACUAGAACGACAAGAUGAGCAACGCAGUGUCUUCAAACAUUUGAGAAAAUCUGAAGCCAAACGACAACUUCCCACUUCUAAUGCUACUGAUGUGCUUUUUGAAAAUCGACAUAGUACAAAUAUGUCCUGUGAACAGGGAGAAAGGGGAAGCAUUGGUUUCCCUGGACGUAGAGGACCAGCUGGUCUUCAAGGCAUUCAGGGAGUAGAUGGAAUGCCUGGAUUACCAGGAACACCAGGACGAAACGGAGCACGUGGACCCGAAGGUCCACCUGGUCGUCCUGGUGUACAAGGUCCACCAGGUCCCAAAGGAUAUCGGGGAAGACAAGGGAUGCAAGGAGAUCCGGGAGAACGAGGACCUCAAGGAUUUCCAGGGUUACCAGGGCCCACAGGACCAAGUGGACGAAAAGGUCCACGGGGAAAGCGUGGUUCAAGAGGCAAACGAGGUGUACAAGGGAACCCUGGCCCACCUGGAGAGUCUGGUAGUAAUGGUGCAAGAGGAAAUGAUGGAACGGAUGGAGCAAUGGGUCCUCGUGGACCUCCUGGUGAAAAAGGGAGACAAGGCAUCACUGGAGAUAUGGGUUAUCAAGGUCCUUUCGGUCCUCCUGGGCCAAAAGGUGAUUCUGGUCGUACGGGACGAAUUGGUUACAGAGGACUACCUGGUCCUACUGGACCACGUGGUGCUGCAGGUUUUAGAGGACAAGCAGGUCCUUCUGGUCAACAGGGCGAUCCAGGAUUGCGUGGACCUCAAGGCAGUCCUGGACUUGUAGGAGAGAAGGGAGAAACUGGACCACCAGGUCCAGAUGGUCCCAUGGGUUCUCCUGGAAUUCAAGGUGAACGAGGAGAACAGGGACUAAGUGGUAUUGUUGGUCCUCCAGGUGACCCUGGCACUAGAGGAGAGCCAGGUAGAGAUGGAGCGCCAGGAGGUUGGGGUUCAAAGGGUCAACGUGGAGAACCAGGGAGUCAUGGACCUCCUGGAAGACCAGGAAAAGAUGGUACCCAUGGUGUUCAGGGUCCACAAGGAGGUCAGGGUCCAAGAGGACCGCAGGGAGAGCAUGGAAAACCCGGUCUUCCAGGCCCACAGGGUCCUGUUGGUCCUCCGGGCCCACCAGGACAAAUGGCAUAUACGUAUGUAGAAUCUUCUGGCAAUGGUACAAUCACGAGAGUAUCACGAAGGUAUUACAGGAGCAUGGAGGCAAGGUCUGGUCUCAUGAUCAUUCAGCCAGAUGGUAGCAGAGACAGUCCUGGUUUGAGCUGCAAGGAACUGAAGUUGUGUCACCCUGAUCUAGACAACGGGUAUUACUGGUUAGACCCAAAUGGGGGUUGCAAGGUCGAUGCAGUUCGUGUUUACUGUAAUUUUACAGCCGGUGGUUCGACCUGCAUUCAGCCCAAGAAGAUACAAAGACUUUACAAGUCAUCAGUUGCUAAAUGGGACUACUCGAUUGAUUCCAUUCAGAUGCGUUUUCUAAAACUAAUGCACGAUCGAGGUCAUCAGAGACUGUUUUUGAGUCGUCAUUCAAAGGAUGCUGCUGUUAGUGACACUGUUGUUCGGUGCUGGAAUGGAUCGGAAAUUAGAACUAACAACACAGGAUGUUUCAAUCAUAAAACAGGCAAUGCUGACAAUGAAAUGGAUACAACUACUUGUUCACCUAAUUACGACAUUGACAACUUCUCUUGCUUGCCGGUUAUUGAUGUAUUAUCAAAACCUGACCAGUCAACUGUCAGUCUAGGAGAAACAUGCUUCAUUUAGAUAGAUGGUCAAUGAAAGUCUACUAUCAAUCUGUUUUAGUAUCUUUAAAGAAAAUUUUCUUGCUCCGUCAAUCUGCCAACAAUGUAACUGCAUGGUGUGGGUUGUCAUAAAGUCUCGGGCCAAUCAGCUGAGGCGUUCAUACCAGAUGGGGCUCUUCAUGCUCCCCGGAUGUUAGGCAGUGGCGAAAUUUAGGUUUGCAACUAAUUAGGUGCUAGAUGGCAG